AUGGACAUAAACGAGCUUGUAGAAGUGUUACAAUCUACCUUGGACCCGGCCCGUCGGGAACAAGCAGAGCAACAACUCCAUGAGGUCCACAAAAUUGCUAGGUUUGCCCCGACCCUCUUGAUGCAAGUGGUCAUGGCUGAUCAGUUGGAUAUGCCAGUCAGACAAGCAGGUGUCAUUUACUUUAAAAACAUGGUCAUGCAAUUCUGGCAGGAUCGGGAAGCAGAAGAGGUUAAUGAGCCACUUCCAUUUAACAUUCAUGAACAGGACCGUGUUGUAAUAAGAAACAACAUUAUUGAAGCUGUUAUUCACAGUCCAGAUGCUGUGAGUACUCAGUUGUGCGUUUGUUUGAGUACCAUAAUUAAAUAUGACUAUCCUGGAAGAUGGCCUGACCUCACAGAAAAGAUAUCUAUGUACAUACAGUCUGAAAAUCACACAACAUGGAUGGGAGCUUUAAUGUGUCUCUAUCAACUUGUCAAGGUCUAUGAAUACAAAAGAGCAAAUGACAGAGAAGUGCUCAACCAAGCCAUGGUUAUUCAUUUGCCACUCAUCUACAAAAUGAUGAUCCAAAUUAUGCCAGAUCCAUCACCAGCAUCAAAUCUAUUACAAAAGCAAAUUUUAAAAAUAUUUUAUGCAUUAAUACAGAAUUUUCUCCCACUAAAUCUAAUUGACCGAGAAACCUUUACACGAUGGAUGGAAAUCAUCAGGCAAAUUGUUGAUCGUCCAGUUCCAGAGGCUGCCAACCAAGUUGAGGAAGAUGAACGUCCUGGAUUACCUUGGUGGAAGGUCAAGAAGUGGGCACUGCAUAUCUUGGCUCGAACUUUUGAACGUUAUGGAAGUCCCGGUAAUGUCACUAAAGAUUAUACAGAAUUUGCUGAAUGGUACUUAAAAAGCUUCACUUGUGGCAUAAUUCCUGUCCUCCUAAAUUUGUUGGACCAAUAUCGAAAGAAAAUGUAUGUUGCACCAAGAGUUAUUCAACAAACUUUGAACUAUCUUAAUCAUGGGAUUAGCCAUGCUUUCUCUUGGAAGUGUAUCAAGCCACAUAUAGUUGUUAUAAUCCAAGAUGUUGUAUUUCCACUAAUGUGUCAUAGUGAUGAAGAUGAUGAUUUGUGGAACUCUGACCCUCACGAAUAUAUCCGUAUGAAAUUUGACAUGUUUGAGGAUUUCUUGUCACCUGUUGUUGCUGCCCAAACAUUAUUCCAUUCAGCUGUUGGUAAGAGGAAAGAAGUAUUACAAAAAGCUAUGGGCUUCUGUAUGUCUAUCUUGACUCAGCCUGAAGUUGAUCCUAGACAGAAAGACGGUGCAUUGCACAUGAUUGGUGCAGUUGCUGAUAUUCUGCUAAAAAGAAAAAUCUAUAAAGAUCAAGCAGAGAUGAUGCUUACCAGUCAUGUGUUUCCAGAAUUUAGAAGUCACCAUGGUUAUCUGAGAGCAAGAGCCUGUUGGAUGCUACACUAUUUCAGUGAGUUGAGGUACAAACAAGAUAAUAAUUUGAUGCAGGCUUUGGAACUUAGUAAGGAUUGCUUGUGUAAUGACAAUGAACUACCGGUCAGAGUAGAAGCUGCCAUAGCACUUCAAAUGCUUGUUACCCAGCACGAAAAGGCUAAGCAGUUUAUUCGCCCUCAUGUGAAACCUGUCAUCCUAGAAGUGUUAAGAAUCAUUCGGGAAACUGAGAAUGAUGAGCUAACUAGUGUCCUUCAACGCUUGGUAUGCAAUUAUGUUGAAGAUGUUCUACCAAUUGCUGUUGAGAUGAUGACACAUUUGGCUCAAACUUUCAACCAAUUACUGAAUGCUGACAUUGAAUCUUCUGAAGAUAAGGUUAUUACUGCUUUGGGUGUCCUUAACACAAUGGCAACUAUACUUGAUGUUAUGGAGGGAAGGAAAGAAAUGAUGUCGCAGUUAGAAGGCAUUGUAUUAAAUGUUGUUGCUAUUAUUCUGCAACAGAACAUCAUUGAUUUUUAUGAAGAAGUCCUUUCACUUAUAUGUAGUCUGACAAGUACUCAAAUUUCUCCUCACAUGUGGCAAGUAUUUGGUAUGCUUUACCAAAUGUUCCAAGCUGAUGGGAUUGACUACUUUACUGAUAUGAUGCCUGCUCUUCAUAAUUAUAUAACUGUUGACACCACUAGUUUCUUAUCUCAACGUGAACAUCUUGAAGCCAUCUAUAAUAUGUGUAAAACUGUGCUGUCUGCUGACGUUGGUGAAGAUGCAGAGUGCCAUGCUGCUAAACUACUAGAAGUUAUUCUUUUGCAAUGUAAAGGUCAAGUAGAUCAGGUUGUCCCAAUUUUUGUUGAACUGGUACUGGAAAGGUUGACACGAGAAGUUAAAACAUCUGAGCUGAGAACAAUGUGUUUGCAAGUUGUUAUUGCUGCACUGUACUACAAUCCACCUCUAUUGUUUGAGACUCUACAGAACCUGCAAAUACCUCGUGUUUCAGGCUCUAUAACUUCUCAGUUCCUUAACUACUGGUUGAAUGACAUUGACUGCUUCCUGGGUUUGCAUGACCGUAAAGUUAGUGUGUUAGGCUUAUGCUCAUUGAUCAACACUCCAGGCAAUAGACCUAAUGAAAUUACUGAAAUUGGUGGGCAUAUCUUACCUGCUUUGUUGCUGUUAUUCAAAGGUCUGAAGAGAGCUUAUGCUAGUAAGGCACAGGAAUUAGAUUCUGAUGAUGAGGAAGAGGAUGAACUUGAAGAUGGAGAACAAGAUAUUUUGGAAAGCGAUGAAGAUGAAAUAAAUGAAGAAAGUCAAGAAUACAUUGAGAAACUGGAAAAAUGCCGUCAUUCAGAUGAUGACACAGAUGAUGACUACACAGAGGAUGGUGCUGAUGAAACUGCAUUAGAAAGUUACUUGACUCCAUUGGAUGAUGAAAAUUGUCCAAUUGAUGAAUAUAUGGUAUUCAAGGAAGUUCUAUCAAAUCUUCAAAGCAGUGAUCCUAAUUGGUAUAGUGCCUUGACUGCAGGUCUGAAUGCAGAUCAAACUAAAGAAUUGGAAGAAGUAUUUCGAUUGUCAGAACAGAGAAGAGCAGCAGCUGAGUCAAAAAGAAUUGAACAAAGUGGAGGAUAUGUUUUUGCAAAUAUCAAUGUGCCAUCGUCAUUCAACUUUGGGCAGAUGGGUCCAUGA